UGUAACUAUUACAUUUUAGUUGUUGUUUGCAGACAUCAGGCGCGUUUUUAACGUGGUAGUUAUGUAACCAUAUGAUCAAAGUAAUAAUCAAUUAGCUAAAAUGAAUGAGCUACCAGAAAACCCAGAAGUUCUGUUAGAAGCAAUGCUUGAAACAGACACAGAUCACAUGUUUGAAGCUGUUGUAUUGCACCACUUGAAAAAACAUAUGCAGAACACAAUUAUCCCGGAAUUCUGCAAAAAAACUUCUCUUCCUUCCUUUUAUGAUGUCACAAAUGCCAUUGGAGGCCUGUACACUUCAGUAUUAUGGUUUUUGAAUUACGCCCGUGUCUGGCGUGAUUGUGAAACUUUAACAAGCAAAAUAAAGACAGUAGUAAAGUCAGCACUAAGGUGGCAUCUUCCCAAUCAUAUGAAAGACACCUUCACUAAAAUGUUCACUUAUGUUUUUCAGUACCACCUAUGGAGAGAUUCUGAAUACGAGAGUGAAAGUUUCACUGUGGAGUGGAAAGGAGAGAAAGAAACAUUGGUGGCUCAAGAUUUCAAUGACUUUGUUGGAAACUCUUUCUCACCAUUGGUAUCUACAUGGCUGGUUGAGUUAGAUUUGGUUGAUGUUUUAAGCAAUGAAUCAGCUCACGCCAUGCUAGAAGCAGAGAUAGAGAGAUAUGUUCUAAACACUUGUAAAGGAGAAUUUGAACAAAGCUGGAUGACACCUGAGGAUGGGGGUUUGUUACAGUGGCUGAAAUCAAAAGUGUUUCCUUUUCUGCUUGUUAUUUUUUACAAAAAUGUGGACAAAGCAAAAUGGAAUAAAACAUUAUGCUUCAUGCUGUAUGGAGCCUAUACUAAACUACGCAUUAGUGAGAUGCUAGAUAUAAUAACAGAUUAUCCAGAGAGUGUUCCUACGAUACAAGACCUCAAGCUCUGUCUGCAACAUACACGGCAAAGGCCACGGUUGAUUGACAGCCUAAAGAACGACAUUCGAAACCGUGUUUUGCACCCAGGUGUGAGCACACAGAACAUUAUCACAGUUUACAUAUCGGCGGUAAAAGCUUUGAGAGAACUUGAUUCAACUGGUGUGGUGAUGGAAAUGGUUCUUGAACCUUGUACUACCUACCUUACACAAAGAGAAGAUGCAGUCCGUAUGAUUAUGCAAGGGUUGCUAGGCGACGAAGGAACCAAUGACCUUGCAGCUGAGCUCGCUAACUCGCAGGAAACGGACCAAUCAAAAUGCUGGAAUGAGAGGGUGACAGAAAACCCUGAAGAUUGGAUCCCGGAUCCGAGAGAAGCCGAUCCUCACAAAGUUGACAAAUCAAGUCGUACCUCAGACAUAGUUACACUAUUUAUUGGAAUGUAUGGAAGUAAAGAGAAGUUCAUUUGGGAAUAUCAGAAACUGCUGAGUAAGCGAUUGAUGCAGACGUGGUACGACGAAAAGAGCGAGUCGACAGAAAUUCGAAAUCUUGAACUUUUAAAAAUGAGGUUUGGGGAAGAUGAUAUGAGCAAGUGUGCUGUGAUGCUUAAGGAUAUUGCUGACAGCAAACGUAUCAACAGUUUAGUGAAGGAGAAGCACACAAAGCAAGAUGACCAACAGUCAGACAUAGACGUACGUACCAUGAUUGUGUCUUCACAUUUCUGGCCAACUAUACCCUCCCAAACCAUGGAACCACCGGAGAAAAUCGCUGAAUUACUUCAGUUAUUUAAUAAAGGAUAUGAAGGGCUAAAGGCGUCACGUAGUUUAAAAUGGAUAAGUGGAGUCGGUAUGGUUGAGAUAGAAAUUGAACUGAACAAUAAAAAGUUAGAAUUCAAGGUUCCACCACUACAAGCUACAAUCAUCUCACAUUUUGAAGAAACAGAAACUUGGACACUUGCUGAAUUAAGUGACAAAAUAAAAGUUCCACCUACCGUGCUUCGAAGGAAAAUGUCUUUCUGGAUGCAACGUGGUGUGUUAAAACAAAGUUCCACGGACACAUACUCAACAACUGAGGGUUCCUCCGAUGCUCCUCUUCCCUCGGAUGUUGCUUCAUCUUCAUCUAUUACUGGAGGAUGCUUGGUUGCUUGUGAUGAGGAAGAAGAAGAAAAUUCAAACCAAAAUAUUGAGAAAGAAAAGAAAGAAAAAGAUAAUAAAAUGUUUUGGUUUUACAUCAAGGGAAUGCUCAAAAACUUCCAGUCUCUUCCUAUCGACAGAAUUCAUAAAAUGCUGAAAAUGUUCGCUGUCAAUGAUGCCAACAUGCAGAUUGAACUGCCCCAGUUAAAACAGAUCCUGAACGAAAAGGUCCAGCAAGGUUUACUUGUUUUGAAUGGCGGAAAGUUCAAGUUGUCUGAUGAUGCAAAGUGACAAAAAAAUCGAUUACCCCAACAUGAAAAGUUCAGCUUAUGUUCUCCUGGAGUCAGUAUGCCAAGAAUUUCCAGUUGCUAGUCGACUGUACUCCCAGGAAGGAAAAAUAUAGAGUUUCGUCUGUUUGUAUACCGUUUGUUUCGCGUAAAUUCGCUCCAUAGGUGAUUAACUAUACACAGCAGUUUAAACAAAACGUGGCUGUUGUGAUUGGCAAGUUUACAUUACAGAAUAAUUUGUCUUUGUUUUUUUGCGACAAGCCCAAACUUUAAUGUCUACUUUACCACACUGGGUGUCAAUAUAAUACUCCAAACCAAAGUACUUUUUCUAAAAUUGGAUAUAUUCAAUGGCCAGUGCCAAUAAAUACUUCUUACGGAAUCACAUAAUA